AUGAAAAAACGAAGCCUCUACGACGAAGCCUUAGUACGCUUCAAGAAGAGUGCCCUCGAGCACCAUGACUCCCCUAAGGACAAAGAACUCCUGAACGAAUUCCUCAAGGAGCGAGCUUUCCCAGAAGAAGCCAGGAAAGCUGCCGAGGCCUUAAAGAGAGAUGCCGGCAAGAAGUAUGGCAGUAAAAAGGCCGGCGACGUGGAGAUUCCAGAGUCCUGGAUCUCAAACAUCAUGGGCAACAUCGAGCUGUUCAUCAAGGCCGGCGACUUUGCGCUGAGCAACGCCCCUGAAACGGUUGGCAUGGCCUGGUUCGCCGUUAAGAUCACGCUCAAUGCCAUCCAGAGCAACUACGACCUCUACGCCUUCUUCGGCUCUGGCCUGAGCGACGUCAGCGAGGUCAUGAUUAUCGUGCGGCACUACGAUCGGCUCUAUGAUGAACGUCACAAGCCCAAUUGGAAGCCUAGUCCACUGGUCGAGAAGCUAUUUGAGGAUGUCAUUGCAGCUUAUGUCGCCGUCCUUGAGUUCUCCUACGCCAUCAAGCGCCAUUUGACGGCCGGCACCCUGUCCCGUAUCAAGCAUGGCAUCAAGGACUUCUUUGGUCUGUCCAAAAUCAAGUUCGAGGACAAGCUCAACGCCGUGACUGAGGCGAAGAAGAAGAUUUUGGAAGAGACCCAGGGUGCGUUCCAGGACAAGACGCUUAGCCAGCUGCAGAGUGCUACCACUGUGCUCUCCCAGAUCAAGGAUUGCGUCAAGCAUAUCCAAGACUUCCAGGAGACAGAGCGCCGGCUGCGUGAGGAAGCUAACGCUAAAUUCGACUCGAUUCUCAAGGGCCUGGACGAGAUCAAGGCUUCUACCAAGGUUAAGAGCCGGUGGGAUUACGCCGUCCAGGAUUUUCAAACCUUCCAGGAGUCACUCGACCCCCUGAGUGGCUGCUUCAGAAUGCUCUAUCAGACUCUGGAGAACAUUUACCCUGGGACAUGUGAAUGGAUCUUCAACGAGCCUCUGAUAGUUGACUGGCUUGCGAUCGAUGUUGACAAUCCUGACGAGGACAUACUCGUCAUUCGUGGCCCUGAAGGCUCGGGAAAGUCAUAUCUUGCAGCAGCAAUUGCUGACCGCGUCAUGCAAACUAGCAGCAAUGAUUCUGCUAUCUUAUACGUCUCAUGCAGUGAUAUGACAAGAGGCACAGGACGCGACAAUCCUGAGCAGGUGACUGCUGACAGAAUCGCUCACACCGCGCUCCAUCAGCUUUACAAUCUAGCCAAGCACGAUGAAGACACUGUUGAGACACUGGAGGCCUGCAACGCCAUCUUCAGAAAGGCCAAGAAAGAGCACGAGAAGCUGCCACCCCAUAUGCGCGACAAGAGUACCGGCUUGCCCGACUUUGGUGACGCCAUGGUCCAAAUCGCCAAUUUACUCGAUAGGGAUGUGUUCCUGAUCAUCGAUGGCGUGGAUAGGAACAGCCUCGGUGACAACGAUCAAGGCGAGCUUUUACGGAAGAUCCAAGAUCUUAGGGAUGAGUUUUCCGAGUAUGGCGAAGUCAGUUUGCGCGUUCUGGUUACUUGCAGCAACCAAGCAAAGUUCUUCCAUCAUCUCGAUAUGACCUCGCAAUCGUGGAUUGACGUCUCCCAAGGUAACCACCGUGACAUCGAGCACGUCCUCACCCAGGCACUCGAACAAAUACCAGGCCUAACUUCGGCCGAGAAGGAGGAGGCCAUAGGUGUCAUCAUGGAAAAGGCCCGGUCGAGAUUUACGUACGUCGUGAAUACUGCCAUCCCCUUCAUGCGGGAACCGUUUAGGCGUCCAUUAUCCGCGCGUUUGAAGGCGUUGCCCGAUGACAUCAAUGAUAUCUAUGCCAAGGCACUGAGCCCUCAAGGAUGGCCCCAAGCAAAGGAGAUCAUGGACUCUUUUCAAGGGAUAUAUGAUUCCCCCACGGAUGAUGGCAUUCUCGCCACCGAGAGCGAAGAUUUAGAGGAAGAUGGGUUUCCUCCGAUCGAAAAGAUCGAGUUCGAGCAGCUUCUAAAUGCAAAGGGACCAUUCUUGAGAGUCCUUGAGGAAGACCCAUUUUGGGUUGACCUUGUCGACAAGCAGUCUCUCGAAGAGUUCUUCGUCAAGCCAGGUCUCGAGUCCCAGCACGAAGUGGAGCAUCAUGCCAACGAGGAACUAUUAUGUGCGCGAUGCAAAGCGCUGCAAUCCAGCUCUACCAGCAUCACUAUUGAUCCUAAGCAAGCCCAUCUGCAGAUGGCGCUUACUUGCCUGCGGCAUUUGAAUAACCCAGUCUUUCAGAGGCGACUUGGGCUGGCUCCUGUCUUCAGCUCCCGCCAUGAUGGCCAGGCGCAAGCGGAGCCUAUAGAGGAAGACAAUCCUUCGGCGGCACCGGAAACUCAGGGAGCAGAUCCUGCACCGACCAAAGAACAGUCUGAACGUCCAACCGAGACAGGCUUUGUCGAAGCUUUCGACAAUCUCUAUGCUGCUGAAGACUCGGAGGAUGAUGAAGACAAGACUGGGAAUCCGUUCGGCGAGGAACAGCCAGAUGAGGAUGAGGAUAGUGACCCAUAUGUCCGCGAGGCAGGUCCAGCUUCGACCGAUUGCUCCUCGCGUCGUCGCCGGUAUGAAUUCGAGUAUUGGCAGUAUCAUGUUCGCGCGGCCGAGAAGCUCUGGCCUGCCGAGGAAAGGGCCGGCAACAGCACUUGGGCCGCUCUCAUGGAAGAGCUAGAUAGAUUCGCGUUUCAAACCCCUCAGUUCUUUGGCGCUUGGCAGCAGACACGUCCUCGUUUGAGAGCGUUUCCAGGAGGGCCACAUCCGCCGCUUUUUGUCGCCUCUGCCAUUGGGCUUAUCAGUUGGGUCGAGCAUCUCCUCGACCGCGGUGAGGAUAUGAACGAAUUGUCAGGAGGUUACAGUCCCCUUCAGGCAGCAACUUUCGAUCAGGACGGAUUUCCCAUCAUCAAGCUAUUUGUCCAAAAGGGCGCCGAUAUCAAUGCAUUCCAUGGUGGCGGAUGGAAUACUGUCCAUCUGUGGUUCCGUGCACACGUCGUUACUCCUGAUGAGGCUCGCUUUCUGUUGGAGCAUGGAGCUGAUCCACGUAUUGCUUCGUCAUAUGAAGAGGAACACUGGACUGCUCUUCACUACUUUGCCAUUUCUGGAGAGGAUCCGGAGGUGGUCGAUCUUCUCGUUGCCCAUGGCGCAGAUAUCAACGCUGUGCACCCCGAAGACCCGACAGCCUUCUCUCCGCUCCAUCUUCUGCUGAUGAGACCGAAAGACAUCCCACCCGCGUUGCUGAAGACCUUCAUCAAGCACGGUUGUGAUACCAACUAUGAGAAUGCGCUUUCAGCGCGACCUUUGCAGAUUGUGUGUACUCAAGACCGAUUUGAGGAGCUUAAGCUGCUACUCGAACUUGAUGUCGUAGACAUCAACGAUCAGGACCUUCACGGCACUACUGCACUUGAUGAGGCCAUUGAUGCAGGCUAUAUCAAAUGUGCGAGCCUGUUGUUGGAACGCGGCGCAAACCCCGACAUAACUGACAAACUUGGCCGAACUCCCCUCCACACGGCCGCCAUGAAGGGAAACGCCGAAGCAGUAAAACUGCUCCUGCCGUAUAGCCGCGAUCCAAACCAGGCCGAUGAUCAUGGAUGGACUCCUUUUUUAAUGGCAUGCCUGGCCAAGAAUGAGCAAUGUGCUUCGCUACUGUUGGACACUUUGAUCGAGCGCAAAGUGCCGUUGGCCGAGAUCAACAAACCAUCCCGAACUAACCGCACUCCUCUUCGUCAGGCAGCGUCCCGCGGAUUCAGUAACGUGGUGUCCAAGCUGCUUCGUGUGGCUGAAGAGAAAAACGACCCGGACGCCCUGCCCAUUGAUGCUGUCGACACACGAAAAGGAAUGGGGGCUCUCCAUCGGGCUGCCAUGGGCGGCCACGCCGCUUGCGUCCGCGCCUUGCUCGCUGCGAACCCGAAACCCGAUGUCAGCAUACGCGACAAACAGGCCAAGACGGCUCUUAUGCUCGCCUAUGAACAAUGGGCCAUCGCAAACGACAAUCCUUCCUACGAGGAAAUAGUCUCCCUGCUAAUCGACGCUGAUACCUCAGCCGCCAUCCAAGAUCCCGAGCUGGUCGCCGUCUGCGCCACUAAUGGCAGCACGGAGCUUCUCAAAAAGUUAUGGCGCCUCAACGCAGACCUCAAUCGACCCGACCGCUUUGGCUGGACGCCCCUCGAGCUCGCUCGGCACUUUGGUCGCGACGACGCCGAGGCCUUCCUCAAGCAGCAGGCCACCUGGGCCAAGCUGCUCCCAAACAAGUGGUCGUUCGUCUUCCCGGGCACUACGGCACUCGGCGCGCGGUCGAUCCACGGCAGCGAUGGGCUAUCCAUCCUGCACACCUCCCACAAACGUGUCUGCAUCUCAGCCGACAAGCCCAUCCCUCCGACCCUCGACAAGUACUACUUCGAGGUCACCCUCAAACCUAUCUCAGAAGAUAUUAUCCCUCUCUCCUUCCAACCCCGGCACCCCGAAUUCGCCAUCGGAUUCUGCACCGUCGGCGGCGCGGCAAUCCGCUUCCCCGGCUGGGCUCGCGAGUACCGGACGCCGCCAAUCCCCGGGUCGGUCGCCGAGAGCUGGGGGUACAUGGGAGAUGACGGGUCAGUGUGGGCUUCUCACUCCUCAGUGACGUAUGAUGCUGAUGAGCCGGAGGAGUGGAGGAUUAGUGUGGGGGAUACCGUGGGGGCGGGGGUCGAUUUGGUGGAAGGCGUGGUGUGGUUUACUAAGAAUGGUGCUAAGGUUGAUCGGGUGUUGGAGGGGGUUACGGGUUUAGGGAGGUUAUGGCCUGUUGUGGGGUUGUAUGAUCCUGUCUCGCUAGCAGCUAAUUUUGGGAAUGGAAGUGGGGAGGAGUUUGUUUGGAAGGGUGAGGUUGAGGAGGAGGAAGAGGAGGAUGAGGGGUCUGACGGGGAUGACGAGGAUGCUGAUGGCGAGGAAGAUGAGGAUGAGGAUGAGGAAGACUGA